AUGCCGGCCAACCACCAGAAAACGGCACACCAGGCGCCGGCAUCGCCUCGAAACACGGCAAAGUACACCAAUAAGGACGGCUCAAAGUUCAUCACCGUGCCCAAGAUGGCUGCCUCUGAGUCUUCACAGCCCUCCACGCCGACCGCACCGAGAUCCGAUGAUGCGCCGCUCGGGGCACCGCCCGACGUGAAUGCGACAGCAGCAGCACCUGCUGCUCCGACAGUCAACCGCAAGAAGCAAAAGCGACGGGCGAAAAUGGCCGCGAAAGCUGCAGCCGAGCAGGCCUCCAAUGGGACUGCCUCACCAGCACCGGCGCCGCCCGCGACCCCAGCCACGCAAGCUGGCCCUGCCGACUACUACGACGAGGCCCCGAGCGACGACGAUGAUGACGACGACGACGAAUUGGAGCAAGAGCUGACCAACGGGGACCGGAAUCAUCAUAGCAGUAGUGGCAAAAAGAGCAAGAAAAAGAAAAAGAAGGGCAAUGCCUCGGUGCAAGCCUCGAUAAGCCCGCCGCCACAGACGCUGGAAGAGCGCGCGUCCGGCAUCUCUAGGGAUAAGAUCUGGAGUACCAACAGCCAAGAGGAGCGAGAGAGAAUCAAACAAUUCUGGCUUGGACUUGGCGAGGAGGAUCGUAAAUCACUCGUCAAGGUGGAGAAGGAUGCUGUGCUCAAGAAAAUGAAGGAGCAGCAACGGCACACGUGCAACUGUCACACCUGUGGGCGGAAGCGAAAUGCCAUUGAAGAGGAGCUGGAGGGGCUGUACGACGCGUAUUAUCUCGAGUUGGAGCAGUUUGCCAACCGCGGAGACGGCACUUCAAUGUCUGCGAUUCCCGGCGACUACUUUCGAGCUGGCCUCCCUCCACCUAGGCCGCCCCCGCCGGCGCGUGGGCGCAUAGUCGAGCAUGUGGGUGACGACGACGACGAGUUGGAGGAGGAAUACGAGGAAGAGGAUGAGCCCUACGGGGAAGAGGACGGGUUGGAAGAUGACGUCUAUAGCGAGGACGAAACCUUCGAGGACGACCAGCAUCCCCACCAUGGGCAUCAUGGGCAUCAUCAUCACCACCACCACGGUCACGACCAUCACUACUAUUCCCCGCACGAUCACCGCGACAAUACAGACUUUUUGACCUUUGGUAACAGCCUGCAAGUCAAGGGUACGGCCCUCCUUGAAACUUUUCUCCGCAGAUGUGGUAACAUGGACAUAGGCGGUAUUCUCACCGUGGCGGAUGACCUGCUUAAGAACGAUGGCAAGCGGUUCAUUGAGAUGAUGGAGCAGCUCGCUGAGCGUCGUAUGAAGCGGGAGGAGGAUGCUGAACUGCAUUACUCCUCCCGCGCAUAUGGCGGUCACGCGCCAGCUCCUGCCGCCAACGGUGCUUCCUACUCAGCUCCCCCUCACGGUCACGCACCGCCUCCGCCUCCGCCGCCGCCUCACGAUGACGAGUACGACGACGACGAGGAGGAGGACGAGGAAGAGUAUGAGGACUCUAAUGAAGAGGAGUACGAGGAAGAAGAGGUAUACUCGAACCCGUCCGUGAUGCCGCAUGGCAAGUCCCAUACUGAGUGCUGCUGUCAGGAUCCAAUGACGGAGGAGCAACGCAUGGAGGAAGGCCGACGCAUGUUUCAGAUCUUUGCUGCUCGUAUGUUUGAGCAGCGGGUUCUGUCCGCAUACAAGGAAAAGGUCGCCAAGGAACGGCAAGCCAAGCUGCUCGAAGAGCUCGAGGAGGAGAACCGCAAGGAGGACGAGCAAAAGGCACGGAAAGCCAAGGCUGCUGCCAAGAAAAAGGAGAAGGCUGCCGAGAAGAAGAAGCAGGCUGCUGAGGAGAAGGCGCGCAAGGAGGCUGAGAAGGCUGCUGAAGAAGCUGCGCGAUUCGAGGCCGAGGAGAGACGCAUCGCCGAACAGCGGCAACGAGCCGAGGAGAAGCGAAAGCAGAAGGAAGCGCAGAAGAAGGCGGAGGAGGAAGCUCGGUUGAAGAAGGAGGCCGAGCGACAGCGGAAACUCCACGAGCAACGCGAACGACAGGCUGAACAGGAGCGCAAAGCCCGCGAGGCCAAGGAACGUGAGCGCAAGCUAAAGGAGGAGCAGAAGCUGAAGGAGAAAGAAGCACGCGAGCAAAGGGAACGUGAGGCCAUUGAGCGCAAGGAGAAGCAAGAGCGUGACAAGCGGGAGAAGGAAGCUCGCUCCGCCAAGGCUUUGAAAGAAGCGCAGGAAGCCAAGGAGGCUCGAGGCAGGGCCAAGGAGGAACGGGCCAAAGAAGAGCAGGCGUCGAAAGCUCAGGCACAGGCUCAGGCACAAGCGCAAUCGCAAGCCCAGGCUCAGCCGCAGGCGCCAGCACGUCAGCAGUCCAUCGUCCUCCCUCAGCACGGCUCGAACCCAGCCGAUUAUGCGUCACCCAAAGUUCCCGUGGCGACCCCUGUCAUCCCGAACAAGAUUACGGCGGCAGUUCGACCACGGACAUUGUCACAGCAGCAGCAAGACGCGCUCGGCCAGAGUGCAUCGACCUCGCACUCUAGCCAGGAGGCGUCGCCGCAUCCCGAGUCUCAGUCCAGCCCUAGACCUAUUGGGCCGCAGCAGCGGAAAGAGAGUGGCAGUCUGACGGGUUCGUAUCCUCACACGCCUGUGCAAAUGCCACCUAUAGGCAUGGCACCGCCCCCGGGGCUGUCGCAUCACGGACCGCCGCCUCCAGGGUUUAUGAUGCCUUCGGCACCGCCCGGGUUCCGGCCUCCCAUGCCUCCUCCUGGCUUCAACGGACCUGCUGGUCGUGUAUUUUCCCCCGUUCCAAUGCCGCCGCCAGGGUUCGGCCCGGGGCCGGCUGAUCAAUUUGCGCCACCUCCGACACACCAUCGUCAAGGAUCUGCCAGUUUCGACGUCCCCCUAACGCCUGCGCAACCCAUUGGACGACCCACCCCCAUUGGCCGACCUGGUAGCAUCACUCGAUCCACAGGGGAGCAGGAGAAAGAGACGGAGCACUUGGGCAGUCGCGCUCUGCUAGACGACGAAGACGACCUAGAAUCUGUGCCCCUGGUUCCGGAAGGGAACCCCGGCAGCUUGCGGACGCGACCACCGGGCCCUCAGCCAAUGGGAUUUGCUGGACAAAGCCCCUUUGCCGACCAAGGCUUCAACUUGGCUCACAACCCCUGGGGUCCCUCACCAGUCAGCACAGCUGGCAAUCCCUUUGGAGGCCCGGCCGGACUAUGGAGCUCACCUGUCGUGCCCAAUGCCUUUGGCAUGGGAUCUCCGGCGCCCAUGUUUGGCCAUGCGCGGCAGCCACCCACCGGCCCUAUAGCGCUGAGGUCCAUGGUGUGCCAGACAUGCCGUGAGCUCGUGAGCCACGGCCAAAGUGACGCGGAGGGUUUCAUCGAGCUACCUGUCUUGCUGGGGUUGAUUGAGGACCGGUACGGGAAACCCGAGUACGACUUGGCGGGGCUGCUCGACACGGAGGGCAACGCCAGCAAUGGCGGCGGCUCGUUUGAGACCAAGCGAGUACGUGGUACGGAAUCUGUGCGCUGGGUGCCCGAUGAUCACUUUGCGCGGUCGCCACGCAGCGCCGGCCAGAUUGGGAACCCGUUGGGCGGGAUGAGUGCGUCUGUGCGGAGCCAGUAG